UUGCUUGCGAGUGACGUCAUAUCGGCGCGACCUGGGCGAGAUUUGAGCGCGACAUCAGUAACAGGAACUGUUGUUGAGUUACAAGAGUUGUGCGGAGCUACCGGUGACACGUUUUAAGUGAUGUCGGCGUACGAGGGCAGUUUUGAAAGCUCCAGGAGCAUCGAUGAGAAGAAGGAAAGUAGGAGGAAAGCGCGGGAGCAGCUGCUGCGCCAGGCUCAAGAAGAGUAUGAAAAGGAAGAGAAACGUAAGGAGCAAAGACGGCUACGAGGGGAGGACACCUGGAUGCUGAAUGAUGUUAAUGAACGGUUAGAGGAAUUACAACAGGAACAUUCUGGAAAAAAGAAGAAAAAAGAUAAGCAUAAAAAGUCAAAGAAAGAAAAGAAAAAAAGCAGGAAGCAGAAAGCAGAGAAGAAUGAAGAUUCGGAUGGCAGUUCCCAGGAUUCGGAAGAGGAAUGGGUGGAGGCAAACCCGUCUCAAUUAGACAGCUCGGAAAAAGCUUGGAAAGUGAAGAGCUCUGCCGAAAAAGAAAGUGAUCCCGCUGUAAAGAGGGACGACUGGAUGACCUUAGACUUCAUGUCUUUGAAAGCGACGUCGUCUGCGGCAAUAAGAGAGGAGAAGCAGAGAGAGAAAACACUGGAGCGUGAACAAGCCGAAGCCCUGGAAAAGGAAAAAAUACAAGCAAGGGAAUUAAACCCUUUCUGGAAAGAUGGUGGGUUGGGGCUGCCGCCAGAAGAGGGCGAUGUGACCUCAGUCAAAAAAGCUGCUCCUGUUGAAGAUGGAGGCUUGAGCUGGUUAAGAAAAUCAUAUCAAAGGAUGAAAGAACAAUCUGAACGGGAGAAAAGAAGCCUCGAGGACAUUGUCUCGGAGCGAUACGGAUCAAUGGAGAUAUUCGAAAGCAAAAUGGAAGCCGCCGAAAAAGCUGCAACCCAGAAUUCCGGAAGAGAACAUGCCGGAGGAAAAGGAAGGUGGAGAAAAUACCAAGAUAAUGAACCUCGAAGAUUUGUAAAACCAGAUGGCAGAAGUCGUGAUCCGCUUCCUACUUAUUCAAUGCAUGAGAAAUCCACCCGUCGUGAAACUGGGGAGCGCGGUGAAGACAAAGCUAGGUGGGAAAGAAGAGAAUUUGAUAAAAACAGAACAGAAUCAGACCGUAGAAGAUACCAGGAUAGAGGAGGUGAUGUUUUGGCCUCAAAAUCAAAGCCCAAGUUCUUAAAACCCACAGAAAAUGACAAUGCGGUCGGUUUUAAGCCACAGACCAGUAAGCCUGUAGGGACUGCGCCAGAAUUACGGAAAGGCUUUCAAAAACCAGUAAAGGAUGACCCCGAACCGUGGAGAAAAACAUCUUCCAAAGGAUAUAGAGAAGAGACUCAACAACACAAACAGGAGGACAGCCAUGGCGAUGAAAAAAUCGAUAUGGAAGAAAAACCUGACCAGGAUGUAAGCCCAAGAGAUCGGCUCCAAUCUCAACAAAAGCCAUCACCAUGCCCUGAAACCUUUAAACCUCCACAAGUACAAAUCCUUAGCGAGGAGGAAAUGAACAAGCUGGGAGCCAAGAUUGUGAAGGCUGAGCUGCUGGGUAAUAUGGAAUUGGCGUCAAAGCUUCGCAGCCAGCUGGAAGAAGCCCGGCAGCAGAGUAAGGACAGGACCCUACGACAGACAACUACUGACGUGAAAUCGGAUAGAGAGGGGGCUGCUCCGAAAGAAGAAAACGAAAUCCUCCUUGUGAGAACCGAUCAGUCGGGCCGGUCUUGGCCGGUGAAUGCCACGGCAGAUGCGGCCGAGUCUAAGGGCGGGAGGAGGAAGAGACAGAUGGUCCCUACACAUGUCGAUAAGGAGAGGGUGAGAUAUUUCCAUGACGAUGACAACCAAAGCCUCCGUGAUUUGGUGCAGAGAGAAAAGAUGGGAACAGCUGAGGAUCAAAACAGAAUGUUCAUGCGGAUGGCAUCCAAGUUUAUGGAGAAAACUGACCAAGAUUAUUACACUUUGGAUGACAUGUUUGUCUCCAAAGCCGCAAAGAAGGAACGUCUUGGUGAAGAAGAUGAGAGAGAGAGGCAACAGGCGAUAUCGCAGCAUCGGAGACUGGCUGCUCGGAUGGAGAAGUGCGCAUAUUGCUUUGAUAAUGCUGAACUUCCAAAGCAUCUCAUCAUAGCCAUUGGUGCCAAGGUAUAUUUGUGUCUUCCCAAUCAUGUCUCGCUCACAGAGGGCCAUUGCUUGAUUGUCCCCUGCCAGCAUUACACCGCUACCACUUUGCUGGACGAAGACAUAUGGAACGAAAUUCAGAUGUUCCGCAAAGCCUUGGUCAAAAUGUUUGAAGCCAGAGAUUUAGACUGUGUCUUCCUUGAGUCCAACAUAAGUAUGAAGAAGCGUUUCCAUUUGGUCUAUGAAUGCAUCCCUCUUCCUAAAGAAGUGGGUGACAUGGCACCUAUAUAUUUUAAGAAAGCCAUCAUGGAGAGUGAUGAGGAGUGGUCCAUGAAUAAAAAGCUCAUAGACCUGUCUUCAAAGGACAUUAGAAAAUCUGUUCCGAAAGGGUUGCCAUAUUUUUCGGUGGACUUUGGGCUCCAAGGUGGCUUUGCUCACGUCGUUGAGAAUGAACACAAAUUCCCACAUUACUUCGGCAAGGAAAUUAUUGGUGGGAUGUUGGACCUGGAGCCAAGGGUAUGGAGAAAAGCCCUCCGGGAAAACUUUGAGGAUCAGAGGAAAAAAGUUUUACAGUUUGCCCAGUGGUGGAAACCCUUUGACUUCAAUAAAAAUUAGUAUUUUAUUUCCAUACUUUUUUUAACACAAAAUGGUG